AUGCCAGAUGCCAAUCAACCGCUAUCAUUCGCACAGCUGUACUUCUUUGAUACACACUAUGAGACCAAAAAGAGGACGAAACAUAUGAAUGAUCUGCAGGUGGAUAUAUUGACGAAACUACAAGGUUAUAUUCGGCAAGUAAACCCAUACGUAGCAUCAUUUCAAGUUGCUAUAGAACUUUCGGCAACUGAGGAUAUUUCGAUCCUUCUACACCAUGACAAACAGCUCAAACCAUCCGAGGCUCACUGUCGCCAGUACAACUUGUCUAUGAAUUCAGAGGUCGCUACUUUGGUUCCGGGUGAUAUCAAGAACCCUUUAGACGUAAUCAUAUACUGUCUUAAUGGACAUGUUCAGAAAAUAAACUCUACCCAUCGAUCGUACGAUCCGCUGCAUUAUGUUCUGCUACUACCGGAGGGAACAGACGGUUGGCAGCUCAAUAUGAAGAAAUCAAAUGGACAAAUAUUAACAGCUAUGAAUUUUUACGCUUACCAACUGCAGGUCAACAAUUCUUGGAUAGUGCCAUACAAUCCGUAUCUGACAAUAAAAUACAACACCCACAUCAACGUCGAGGUCGUACACUUUGUCCAAGCAGUGAAGUACUUAUACAAAUACAUUACAAAAGGGCAAGAUCGAAUCAUCUUCUCAACAUUGGAAACAGGACAGCCAAUUCCCGUAUUAAACGAAAUCGAAAACUUCGUAAACGCUCGAUACAACUCUGCAAGUGAAGCAUUCUGGAAGUUGUAUGGAUUUUACAUACACCAAAAGCAUCCUACAGUCGAAAAACUACCCUGUCAUUUACCUGAUGAGAAGACUGUACGAUCCGACUCGACCUAUGUCGCUGCGGCUGUGGAACGCGGACCACUGAUAACUAAACUGACUGCUUAUUUUCAAACAAACAAACACGACGAAAAAGCCCGACAAAUUUUAUACCAAGAUUUUCCUAAAUAUUACACCUGGAACAAUAAAACCAAGUCGUGGCAAAAACGAAAACGAGGUACAACAGAUGAUAGUGAUAACAUCAAAACUGAUACUAUCGGACGAAUCCCCACCAUAUCAUAUAAUACUCAUCAGUCAGAACUGUUUCACCUUCGGAUACUCCUUCACCAUAUCAAAGGCGCGACUAUCUUUGAUGAACUGAAGACCGUGGAGGGAAAUGUAUGUUCAACAUUUCAGGAGACAUGCAUGAAAACUGGACUGAUAUCGAACUGCCAAGAAAUACACCGUGAAAUGGAGGAAGCAGUCAGUAUUCGCUUCGGAGAUACGCUGCACGACUUCUUCGCCAUCGUGUUAAUUUACUGUCAGUCACUUGAUCCGAUGAACUUUUGGGAAGACUGGAAAACUGAACUCGGGCGAGACCUCUUGCAAAGAAACAACAUUAAAGAUCUUACUACUCGCAUUGAAAAUGAAAUAUUGAUUCGUCUGCAGGAGUGA